UUGAAGUAGGAGCCACAUUUCCUAACUCUAAAGCAUUUAGAGUUGCACUGAGACAACUAGCAAUUAGAGAAGAUUGGUCCUUUGGCACGCAGUAUAGUGACACUCAGAGAUUUAGGGCUAAUUGCACUGAUGAGGAUUGUCCAUGGAGGAUACAUGCCUCAAAGUUACCGAACACUAAAACUUUCAUGGUAUGAUUAGUACCGUUGUUUGCUUCUUGCUUUGGCUGAUGUUAUUGUUGAUUUGUUUCUUUUUACCGUUGUUUAUUUGGCACUUAUGUUUUUUAAUGUUAUUGCAGGUAAAGAAACUUCCUUUUGGCCAUACUUGUGGGAGUACCAAUUGCAGCAAAGGAAUGGCAAAUAGAGACUGGCUUGCUGAUAAAGGGAAUGCUGCGCUUGAGGAGAACCCCAUGGUGAGUGCAAAACAACUUAGAGAAACUUUGCAAAAGGAGUAUGAUAUUAAGCUUCAGUACACCGAUGUUUGGAAAGGAAGAGCUCGUGCAAAGGAUCAAUUGGAAGGUGCAUAUAAGGAGAAUUUUCAGCAGUUGUGGAACUUUAGAGCCGAAUUGUUGGCAGCCAAUCCUGGAAGUAUAUUUGAGAUAGACAUAAAAACAACUACCAACAAAAAGGGUGACAUUGUGCAUGUUUUCAAUAGGUUGUUCAUUGCCUUCAAGCCAUGCAUUGAUGGGUUUUUGGCAGGGUGUAGACCAUAUUUGGGGGUUGAUGCAACUUUUCUUAGUGGGAAAUACACCGGACAAUUGGCAGCCGCAAUUGGCGUGGAUGGGCAUAGUUGGAUGUUUCCGGUAGCAUUUGGAAUAGUUGAGAAAGAAAAUACAGAAAAUUGGGUAUGGUUCAUGGAGCAGCUGAAAUUGGCCAUUGGAGAGCCAAAAGGGCUUGCAAUCCAUACAGAUGCAUGUAAGGGAUUGGAGAACGCCAUUUCGAAGGUGUACCCAAAUUGUGAACAUAGAGAAUGCAUGAUGCAUCUAAUGCUUAACUUCAAGAAAAAGUUCAAAGGUGAUAUACUAGAUAAUAUGUGGCCUGCAGCUUGGACUUAUGAAGUAGAGAAGCAUGAGUCCAGGAUGGCAGAAAUACAAGCACAAAGCACCGAUGCAAUAGCCUAUUUGAACAUGCAUCACAACCGUGUGUGGACAAGAAGCAAAUUUUCAGCAAUGACAAAAGUUGAGUAUGUCUGCAAUAAUUUGGCAGAGGUUUUCAAUAAUUGGAUUAAGGACAUGAAGCAGCUUGCACUUGUUGAGCUUUUGGACAACCUUAGGGAAAUGAUAAUGAAAUUGAUAGAGAAAAGGAGAGCCGUUGCCGAAGCACUGCUAGGUUACAUACUACCUAGUGUGAUAAAGGAUUUGAAUUUGAAAAGCAAGGGGCUGCAUUAUUUGGAAGCAAGAGCAUCGCCAAAUAUAGCUGAGAUUUCAGGAAAUGGAUGGAGGCACACCUUUAACUUGGAGAAAAACGAGUGCUCUUGUAGGAGAUGGCAGAUUUGUGGCAAGCCAUGCACACAUGCUCUUCGGUUCAUAUUCUCCAAAAAAGCCAAGCUAGAGGAUUAUAUUGAUGAGUGCUUCUCAGUGGCAAGGUUCAAAGCGGCAUAUGAGGGAAUUCUCAUGCCAAUUAGGGGCAGGUCCCAAUGGCCCAAGGUAAAUCCUGGAUUUGAUAUGAUCCCUCCAAAGCUUACCAAGAGUGCUGGACGCCCAAGAACUAGGAGGAUAAAGAAUUACACCGAAGGUGGAACUGGCAGAAAACAUAAAUGCAAAGGUGUGGAGCAUUAGGUUAUCUUCGAAAGACAUGCAAGGAGCCAGAGAUUGAAAGUGACGUGGACCGAGAUGCUACUCCUCCUCCACGGAAAAAAUCAAAGGUUGAAGCAAGCAUUGCAGCUACUUCUCCUAAGACACCAACUAAGCAAGGUACUCGACUUGGUAAUCCUACAAGCCCAAUGACAAGGCAAAGGGCAGCAGCUAUUGCAAUUGCUUCAACACCUCCUAGUGCAUCUACAAGGAGCAAAACUGCUACUCCUAGCCCUCUUCAGUGAGUUUAGUUCAUUUGGUUGUGAGAACAAUGAUCUUUUGCUUAUG